AACAACAACAACAACAACAACAACAACAAUAAUAAUAAUAAUAAUAAUAAUAAUUAGACUUUUUGGGUGAUCAUUAUCUAUAUUAUUUAUAGCCUGUGUGUUUUGUAUUUUCAUGUCCUGAAAAUAAAAUGUACGUAUGUAACGUGACAACGACGCCGUUUCGUGUCAUUUUAUUUUGAAACUUCUAACCGGAUGUGCGUGUUUGACAGUGUUGCGGGCUGACGCGCGGAUCUGCGGGUCUGUGCGUGUGAAGGUGAGCACGUUUAGUUUGGAGCGGAGUUAAUCCAGACAGCUGUGGAGGAUCAGCGGCGGAGGGAGCUCAACACACCUGAGACAGGUGCGGCUCGGCUCGGCUCGGCUCGGUAUCCCGGGACUAGAAGAGAGGGACGGAGAGUUGGACGGACUUGGCCGUGUUUCAGACUCCGGUAAGCCGCACUGACGAUGCUCCGCUCCGGCUCCGGCUCCGGCUCCGGGUGAAGUCCAGCGGAGUGAGGAGGAGUUGAGGAAGCUCUGCUGUCUCACCGCGCUGCGGUAGCUGAAGUGCGGGAGACCUGCGGGAGGAGCAGCGGCGCCUUUUUGCGGACCUUUCUGCGUGUUUCCAGCUCACAGUAUGUUCGCAGCUUCUUCUCUCGGCUCCGGAUUUUAAAUGAAACCCGAGCAGAGUGAGUGAGAGCCGGACCGGACCGGACCGGAGCCUGCGGACCCGCCGGACGCCUUGUCGCCCUUUUUCUUUCCAGGAUUUUGCGCAAGGAAUAAAAAGAGUGAACUGUUGAGCAGAGAGUGAUGGUACCGACCCACUCCGCUGAUCCGGAUCUCAGUCCUUCCAGUGUGGCCCUGCUGUUCGGGGACGGCACGCAGGAUUCCUGUGUUUCCAUCCAGGGCGCGCGUCAUCUCUCCACUCGUGUCCACUGAUUUACGGUUUUUGGGGCAUUUCUCAGGUUCCGCGCACAGACUUGGAUCCGUUUCAGGAGCUCUGGGUCUCUCUGCGUCCCCGGUUCCGUGAUCCGGAGACGGAUUCUUGAACUUUCUUCUCCCAUGUGGAACAGAACGCGGUGUGUCGCCUGGAGAAGACGCGGCGUGGCCGUGCUGAAGGUCUGCUGAGAGGACUGGACCAGAACAUUUGAGAGACCCUCCCCACACACACACACGCGCGCGCGCGCGGUCAGAUACAUAUAUUUAUAUCUAAAUAUAGGCCUACAUAUAAACAUUUACAUAUAUACAUAUAUGUUUAUAUCUGCUGCGCACUGUUGAAGUUGGAGGCGGACGAGCCGCAGCAGCGUCGCGGGGAGGCUCAGCUUCAUUUCUCCACCUCCGGCUGCUGGAACAACUGGGAUUAACAUCCUCCUGCUGGGAUUUCUACCAUGUCAGGUGUACGGGACUGCAGGUGGACCUUCCUCAUCUGUGUGGCGGCGCUUUCAUGUGCAGCUCUUGCAGGUAAAAUCUCUCCCACCAGCUCAGAUGCCCUCCUCAGCUCCUCAGCUAUGACAGCCAGUCCGUCACCACCUAACAUCUACCUUCCCGCCAACUUCAAGAUGUCCAACGCACAGCUGGCUUUCUUUCUGCGGGAGGCUCAGAUCACAGGACAAACGGUUGGCGGCAGCAGUCGGGGAGGCAGCAGCGGUCCCAGCUCGGGACACCCGCUGCAGCGCUCUGAGAGUUUUGUGGUUUUCCAAACAAAAGACCUCCCUGCCAUCAACAUAAGCUUCGGGCCCUUUGCCCGGGACCAGGCCCUGUCCAAGGAGCUGCUGCAGCCAACCAGUCCUCUGGAUAUCCCCGGCCAGCUCACAGUCAACUGGAAGGUGCGGGCCUUCAUUGUCCAGGCGCGGGUCUUCUCCAACAACCCAACAGUCCAGGUGUUUUUCUACAUCGCCGGCCGCGACUGGGACGACUUCAAGGCUCAGGACAAGCUGCCCUGCGUCCGUCUGCACGCCUUCAGGGACGUCCGUGAAAUUAAAACCUCCUGUCGCAUGAAAGGCAACCUGGCACAGUGCUUGGCUCAACUGGAGCUGCCUCCGUCCUGGUUUAACACCAACGUUGCCCCGCUGGGUCGCAGGAAAGGCUCCAGUGACGGGCUCCUGGACGGGCUGACCAGUGAGACCCUCCAGGCUGAGCUCUACUACACCCUCCACGGGCCCAGUGGGGAAGGGGAGUGCAGCGAGGGCUCGGGUCACAGGGGUGGUGGUGCUUCCAGGGGAGAACCUCUGUCACAGCACCCCCUGCUGCGCAUCGGCAGCAUCAGCCUGUACCAGGCCAGCCAGGAGCAGCUGCUGGUGGACAAACAGCUGGACAAGAACAUGUUCCUCAGGCUGCCGGAGAAACCUCUGAAGCCCGGAGAGACGCUCACCAUCUUCCUCUACUUGAUGCCCAACUCCACCGUGGAGCAGUUCACCCUCAAGGUCAAAGCAAAGAAAGGUGUCAACCUCCUCCAGACCAAGUCCAAGAACGCCCAGUGGAAGGUGGACUGGGAGGUUCAGUCCGGCGCCAAGCACUCCAUCACCACCAUCGACGUGAACAAGAGCAAAGCAGUGAAACAGGGGGAUGUCUUGGGUAAUGUGGAGGUGAUGCAGUUGGAUUUUGAGAUGGAGAACUUCACCAGCCUGUCGGUCACCAGACGGAUCAACUGGAACAUCGACUACAAGGGUCAGAACCCGCCUCCGGACUCAGAGAAGGUUGUGACGGAGCUGACGGUGGUGCAGCGGGACAUCCAGGCCAUCAUCCCUCUGGCUAUGGACACUGAGAUUAUCAACACGGCCAUUCUGACCGGACGCACCGUGGCCAUCCCCGUCAAAAUGGUUUCCAUAGAGAUGAACGGAGCCGUCACUGACGUCUCAGCCUUUGUGCAGUGCAAGUCCUCCAACGAAGACAUCGUUAAGGUGUCCAUGAAUUGUGACUACGUGUUCGUCAACGGGAAAGAGACGCGGGGGUCCAUGAACGCGAGGGUCAUCUUCAGCUACGAGCACCUGAGCGCGCCGCUGGAGCUGACCGUCUGGGUGCCCAAACUUCCUCUGCAGGUGGAACUUUCUGACAACAACCUGAGCUUCAUCAAAGGCUGGAGGGUCCCCAUCCUGCCCGACCGGAGGAGCACCAGAGACAGCGACGCUGACGACGAAGACGACGGGCGCCCGGUGAGUCGAGGCUGCACGCUGCAGUACCAGCGGGCCCUGGUCAAGGUGCUGACCCAGUUCCACACCACCUCCACAGAGGGCACCGACCAGGUCAUCACCAUGCUGGGGCCCGACUGGCAGGUGGACGUCACAGACCUGGUCCAGGACUCCCUGAAGGUGGCCGACCCCAGGAUAGCAGAGCUGGUGGACAGGACGGUCCUGGUGGGUCUGGAGCUGGGAUCCACUGUGCUGAAGGUGGAGUCUCCGCUGGCCGUGGACGCGGUGUUGGGAGAGUCGGCCUUCUCGGUCACAGAUGACAAGGUUUCCAUCACAGAGAUGCGUGUUCACGCCGUCUCAGGCCUCACGCUGUCGCUGCAGCCAAGUCCAGGAAACAGCCACACCAUGGUGGCCAAGGCAGCCGGCGUCCAGACGCUCACCGCUCCCAAACAGGAGGCCAGUCUGUCGAUCUGGAUGCUUUUCAGCGACAACACAGCCGCCACGCUGACUUACUUUGAUCCCAAAGACUACAACCUCAACGCCUCCUCGCUGGAUGACAAGGUGGUGUCGGUCUCUCAGGAGCCUCAGCAGCGCUGGCCUGUGGUGGUGGCAGAAGGAGAGGGAUCCGGCGAGAUGGUGCGUUUAGAGAUGACCAUCUGUGAGGCGUGCCAGAAGACCAAACGCAAGAGCGUCAUCGCAUCUGCUGCCGUUUAUGUCAAGGUCCGCUUCGGCCCGGAGGAAGACUCCGAGGAAGAGGCGACCACGGAGGGUGAGAUCGAGCUGGCGCCCGUCACCAGGCGUCCGAUCAUUGAUCCGAACAUUAGUGGAAGAAUUUAUGAGACAUCUAAUGAGCAGCCUGCCAGCGUUCCCAUUGAUUACACCAAUUUCCCCACCAUUAGUAACCAGGAGCGACCGACUGAGAGUGACGAAGAGGAGGAAGACGACUUCGUACACUCUCCUCGCAACAUGACCGACCUUGAGAUUGGCAUGUACGCUCUGCUGGGAGUCUUCUGUCUGGCCAUCUUAGUCUUUCUCAUCAACUGCAUCGUCUUCGUGCUUAAAUACCGCCACAAGCGGAUCCCCCCCGAGGGUCAGGCCAACAUGGACCACUCCCACCACUGGGUGUUCCUGGGAAAUGGCCAGCCGCUGAGGGCCCAGUGCGACCUGUCGCCGCAGCAGGUGGAGAGUCCCAGCAACCCUCUGGAGGGUGUACAGACUUGCUGCCACGGGGAUCACCACAGCAGCGGCAGCUCCCAGACCAGCGUUCAAAGCCAAGUACACGGGCGAGGCGACGGCAGCUCCGGGGGCUCCACGAAGGAGAACGGCGAGGAUGCCAAUUCACCCACCUCCAAGCGCAAGAGGGUCAAGUUCACCACCUUCACCACCCUCCCCACGGAGGAGCUGCCCUAUAACUCCAUCCCCAUAGCAGACGAAGAGGACAUUCAGUGGGUUUGCCAGGAUAUGGGCUUUCAAGACCCGGAGGAACUGCAUGACUACAUGCGCAGAAUAAAAGAAAUAGCCUGAGAGCAGCGGUGCAGCCACAAAGCACCGCUCUCAGCUUUCUAAAGAAAUGUUCCUUUCUAUUUUUCUCUUUUUCACCUGAGUGAAAGAUAAUUUUUCACAGACUAAAAGGCCAAUUGUUGUUUUGGUUAGGGUGUGUUCCAUUUAGUUUGCACAGUGCUGUAAUCUCAUACACACUCACACAGAAGAGAACGCAAGGAAGCCAAAGACUCGAGCAGAGGAUCUCAAUCACUGGAGAAAUCUGUACAUCUUGGCUACAGGAGGCUGAGCCGUGAGCCGUGUGAGAGCUGCUCCUGCUCUCUGGAGUCAGGAUCUGGUUUACAGCAACCUGAUACAGACAGCAACGUUUGGUUCUGGCUCAGCGGGACUCUGCAGUACUGUACCGACUCCAAACAAAGAGGCCUUUGAUGAACUAAAAACUGUCAAAGACUCUCAUGAAAGCUACGUUUAAAAAAAUCAUUUUGUUUUUGCCAAAGUAGGAAAAGUGUUCUUUUAAUGGCGAAACUUUCUUCAUUGUUGUUCUCGGUGCAGCACACUCAUGAUUUGUACUCAUGGUCAUUCCCUACAUUUUUCUACAUUUCAUAGGUAGUCAGACGCAGUGCCCUAUAAUCGUCCUCCUGGUCCUGAACAAAUCUAAUGCCUUACAAAGAUGGUCACAGUUCACUUCUUACGUCAGCGCAGACACCCUGUUUUAUCACCACGGCUAGAGACGGUGUGGUCGGAUGUAACGUGCUGCACCUGACCUCCAGCAGGAGGCUCAGAUAGAAAAGAGCUGGUGUGUUGUGAGGAUCUCAGACAUUGUUUGCAUGGACGGGGAUCUCCAGGCACAAUCAGCAACUUUUUCCAAAUUUGUAAAUGUUUGUAUUGUAGUUAUAUAAUCAUUCAUACACAUUACUGAAGUAAAUAUGUUAUCAUGCAUCACAAGCAUGCCAUGUCAGGCCUACAUACGCGCAGACAUUCCUCUCUAGUAUAUGUAUAUAAACCGCGUGGAGCGUUCAGCAGGUCACUUCCUCUGAGGCAGGACAGAGCGACAGCAACAUUUUUAUAGUCUUGUGGUGAGUAGAAGGUUCCCCUCUGUACCGUCAUGACAGAACUGUAGCUCUGUAACAAAGUGGUAUCACACUCGACUGUUGGACGUGGGGGUUUGCUAUGCGUCAGACUCAACAGAUCGAAUCUUUAGAUGAUUUAUUUCCCUGUCCUGGAGUUCGGCUGGCUUCCAGCCUCCAGGACAAUAAAAAACUCAGAACGUACCAGUAGAAAACAUUCACACUGAACACAAGAUCCUCUGAACUCUGCAGGAAGUGUCAUCCGCCUACCGAGAAGAUCCAUGAAUAAAUUAUUGAUUUUUCACCAUUAUUUAAAUCACAGCCAUCCCAUGUCAUCACGCUGUUUUUACAAACACACUCUGCUGUGUGUGUGUGCUCGAUACUUUCUUUAUUCCAGUGAACUCACAAAUCUGCUUCGUCUCAACUGAACAGAGUCGUUGCUACAGAACUGAGUUGUUGCUGCUGGCAGGUGAGCGUGUGGAUGAUGUGUGUACAGGUAUCUCAGGAUGUUGAUCGGCUUUGUCGACAAAUCAAAGUGAUUGAAACCAGCAGGGACGGUUGGAGUUAUAUGCAGGUUUUGUUGUGCAGAAAGUGAGUUUAAAUGUGCUCAGUAGGCGAUUUGAGCAACAAAUUCUCAAUCCUGAACCGACGAGCAGGUCGAUCGCCAGCAAGUUCUCAAACGACGUAGAUCACUGUUCCCUAAACAACGUGACGCUGAAGUGUAGCAGCGACAGACGUACAGGACCUUCAUCGUCCUCUUGGUGUUGGACCAGUGUUAGGACAUGUUAUGUUCAGGAAAACAUUGUGGUUCAGAGUUAAAUAAGUUAAAAUAACUGUUUCCUUCUGAUUUCACAUCAGACAUGAACAUCGAAGUCCUGUACUUGUUUGACCCGAGCAUCUGUCCCAGGUGUCCUCCCUGUACGGACCAGUCGCUCUUUUAACUGCUUCUCUUCACGUCCUCCUUUGCUGCCUUAAUAUUGACUACAGCCACUAGAGGUCGCUGUCCAACUAGAAACAUUAAUGUGGGCUGUUUUAUCUGCUUUCUCAGUCGGCCUACAGGACAGGCUGGAUGUGAAGAGGACGCUUGUUAACCUGCCAUCUAUCUGUAUGACUGAUAAAUUACUGAGAAUUAUUUUUAGACUGAGCGUUUCCUUUUAUACAGGCGCAGAUCUGUCAGUCUUUACAACACUUGCAGACCUGCAGUCUGACAGAUUGUUGCUUGUGGUGUGAAUCAGUCAUGUGAUGCUUCAACUGAGUCAGACGUGUCGUUCCGCCCCUUCGUUAGAAAUGUUCAGAUCGCCUACUGAUGACACUCCAGCAGGAAGACAAAAGAUGUGGCAAGUUUAGAAAGAGCAUAAUGUCAUCAAACACCCGAGGUCGUGACGACAGCAGAGCUCGUAGUAUCUUUAACUGCAGCUGCCCUGUUAGCGUAGCGUGUCUGCUCCUCAGCAGAGUGGAGCCCACGUCUGAAGGCUGACGUUAUUUCAGCUCUGAUCUCACAUGAAACAACUUCUUUUCAGGACUAAUGAAGCAACCACAAGAUAAGGAUUAGUUUCCGUGUCUCUUUCCUUUAAUUCUGUAUAUCUAAGGGCUUGGAUUCUUCUUUCAUGUAAACUGACGACUGAUUCCAGUGAUCCUGAGAGAAGCCUGAUGUGUCCUGCUCCCUCUGUGGUGAUAAUGACUGUCAGCUGCUCUUCAGCUCCUUCAGCCUUAUUCUAGACCCAAUCCAGAAUUAACAACAGCUUUAUAUCCCACGCAAACAUUGAAUCAGACGUUUCUUGCGUUUCCUCACAGCUAAACUCAAGUGUUAGAUGUGACGGUUUGAUCACAGCAACAUUGUAAAUACUGGAGCAAAACCGGUUUUAAUUUCCUCUGAAAGUUGCCAUGAGAUUAUUUUCCGUCAGUAAACCAUAACGCUCGACACUCUCCAUGUAUAUAGACGUACAUUUGAUAUGUUCAUGAAUCCUGGAUUGGGACUUUUAGGAUUUGGUUUACUGCAUGCCCUCUCUUUGUUCAGUGUGGUUGAAAUGAAUAAAUUCUAGUGUUUAAUGAUAUUCAAUCUGUGUUAACAUCUGAAGAGAAGAUCAAACAGUUUUUAUUUGACAGUCCAAGCCCGUCGCUCAGUCGCAGCAUUGUCAUGAUUUGCCAUGAAAUGAGGAGAAGCCGCGUCGCAGCAGCUGGACGAGCUUCACUUCUUCUUUAAAUGAUGGAUUCUCAGGAUGAAUGUAGGAUUCUUUACUAAACUGGCUCGUUAGUGUUCAUGUGGUCAGCCCAAUUAACAGAUUAAGUGUCUAAUAGCAGCUUUCCUGUUUCCUUUGGUUUUACUCACACUGUAUGUUGACAUGUUGCCAUCUCGCCAUCAGUAACAUUUGAGUUCUCAUCAGUUUUCCUCCUCGCUGUCUUUUUGUAAAGCUGCUUUGGUGACGGUGCACAUGUUGCUCACUUUGUAUUUCCUUCAAGCUGCUAAUAGAAACUUAGUCCUUUUACAAGAUGUAACUGAACAUGGUGAAUUGUACCUUUCUGCCCCCUGCAGCUCAGUCGGCUGUGCCAAGUCACCACCGCACUCACAACAAUAUGUUAAUGUACAGAGCACUGUUAAAUUUCCUGUAUUCUCUCGAAAAACAAACCCUUGUAUUUUCCUGUUAUAUGUAAAGUACUAAAGAAAAUGCAAUACACUCGA